UUGAUGAUAUACCAUCGUCAAUCAUCAUCAUAUGAUGAUUUGCCAACAUUUUCAUUGCAAUAUUCAUUUACGAAUUGUCCAUUGAAUUGUACGAACAAUGGACAUUGUAUCAAUAAUCAAUGUCACUGUAAUGAUCACUAUGGUGGUGAUGCUUGUGAUUUAGAUACACGUACUGAAUAUGAUUGCCCCACCAAACGUAUUGGUUCAUCAUGCAAUAUCAAUAUCAAUGAUGUACAGUCAACCAAAUGGUUCGAAUUAUUUUCUAAUCAACACAUUUUCUCUGCUCGUGCAUCUCAUGAUUCAGUUUAUGAUCGCCAUACUGAUCAAAUCUAUACAUUCGGUGGACGUAGCUAUGAAUCAAUUUAUGGAGAUUUAUUAUCAUUUUCAAUUACGAAAAAUAAAUGGUUCAAUUUAACUGACUGUGAUAACAAAAAUACUUACAACAACACCAACAACAACAGUACAAAUCAACCAAAACCACGAUGGGGUCAUACCAUGAAUAUUAUUAAUGAUUCAUUGAUUAUAUUUGGGGGAAUCGGUGCAGAUGGACAUCAAUUCAAUGAUCUUUGGAUAUAUAAUCUAACCAAUUGCCGAUGGAUCCAAUCAAUAGACAAUAAUAUUCCGGCACUUGCAUUUCAUGUUGCAAUCAUUGUAGAUAACCAAUGGCUUCAUAUUCAUGGUGGUCGUUUCGAGAAUUCCACAUAUUCAUCAAAUAUUUAUCGUAUCAAUUUAUUAUCAUCAUCAAAUUAUCAAUGGGAAUUGGUUCGAUCAUUGAAUAAAGGUCGAACAUUAGCUGCACAUACUGCCAUUGUUUAUAAUCGAUCUAUAAUUGUAUUUGGUGGAAUCAGUGGCACGAAUGGAAAGCUUUCGAAUGCAAUGUAUCAAUAUGAUAUCGAUCACAAUUAUUGGUCCAAAUUACGGUAUUCACAAGAAACGAAAAAAAAUGUUGUUGUGCCAGAAAAACGUGCAUUUCAUUCCAUGAUAUUUGUUGAUGAUGAUGAUGAUUAUCUUGUGAUUUUUGGUGGAUUCAUUCAAAACAAUGAUUGUCUUGGUGAUGGUUCGCUAACAUAUGCUUUCUCGUUGAAAUCUAGAUAUUGGACUAAAUUGAAUGAUAUCAGUGAAAAAUUUCCAUUCAAAUCAAUCAUUUCACAUACCUUGGUACGACGAAAAAAUUUAUUAUUCAUUAUUGGUGGUUAUUAUGGCCAGAUUCGUAAUGAAAUUUUUGUCACACAGAUACACUGGAACAGCAGCAGCUAUUUCCAUCAUUAUCAUCACGUGGACAACAAGAAUUCUGAAUUAAUCAUAUGGAAAUAUUUUAAUGUGCCAAACAUUUCAAUGCCUGAUGUGAUGACAAUUCAGACAGUGGAUCAAAUGACCAUUCCUUGCCAAUUACUGCCAAAUGAACAAAUGAUACGAAUUUUUGGCUUUAUUCAUCCAUUUGAUUAUGACAGUGAUAUUCAAAUGACUUGGAAUGUAAUUACUACCGUGAUGACGAAUGAAUCGAAUAAUUUUCAGCUAUCAUCAUUCAUCCAUGCUCAAGACCAAUGUCAUUCAUAUUCAGAUUGUUAUAGAUGUCUUACGAACGUUGCUUGUGUAUGGUGUCCAUCCCGGUCACAAUGUUUGAUUCGUAAUCAUUAUGAAAUGAAUUUAUGUUCCGGGUAUAAUGAACAUAAUUUAAUGAUUGAUCCAGAAGAAUGUAUCCAAUGUUUUAAUGUGGAUAAUUGUCAACAAUGUCUUCAACAAUGGCCAUAUUGUCAAUGGCUUGUUGAUUAUGAAUUGUGUGUACGUCGAGGCCGAAUAAUCAACAAUUCGAUUAUGAUUACAAAUAUUGAAAAUUGUCCAAUGGAUUGUGCUCAAAGAAAUCAAUAUGAACAUUGUGUCGAUGGAAACGGUAAUUGUAUUUGGUGUGAAUCAAUGAACAAAUGUCUCCGGUGGUCACAGCGAAUCAUUAGCGAAUUAUCAUUAUUUGAUUUUUGUCGAAAUUCAUCAUCAUUCAUCAUAACCAAUGAUCGUAAUGUACGUUCGACAAAUGAAUGUGCAAUGGGAACUUAUGGCAAUAGCAAUUCUGGUUGUCUGCCUUGUAAUUGUAAUGGACAUGCUAAUCUUCAUCAUGGUGUAUGCCAUUCACAAACCGGUAUCUGUUUCUGUCAAGAUAAUACCGAAGGUUAUCAUUGUGAUCGUUGUCGAACCGGUUAUUAUGGUGAUCCACGAAAUGGUGGUAUUUGUUUUCAAGAAUGUCAAAAUAAAGCAUUCAUUUCGAUGGCAACAUUUGGUCAUUUUGGAUCAUACAUUCGUUCUGAUAUUUAUCGAAAUUUUUAUUCAAUGAAAAAAUCUGAAUCACAAUUGUUGUUGACCACCAAAUCACAUUGUAUGUGGAUUAUUUCAACUGGUGAUGAACAACAACAAAAUGAAUUUCAAUCCGAAUCAGAUGGCCAUAGAAACCCAGUUCAAAUCAAUAUAUUUCAAUCAUUUAAAUUGAAUUGUUCACAUAGUACAUUAAUCAUUUAUGAUGGAAUACCCGAUAUCGUUUCGGCCGAUAAUCGUAUUGCGAAUCCUCAAAUUUUAGCAUCAAUUUGUGGUGCUAAUCAACGAUAUGAUUUACAAUUUAUUGCUUAUUCUGGUAUUGCAACCGUUUUAUAUAAAACCGAUAACCAUCCACAACAACAAGGAUUCAAUGCAUCAUAUCAAUCAUUAAUGUCUUCCAAUUUAACGGCAACAACAACAAAUCAAUCGAAUUCAUCAUCAUCAUCAAUAAUAUUGAUGACAAAAAUUCAAUGGCCACUACAUUCACAUACACUUGAAUAUUUUGAUAAUUUUCUAAUUUUUAUUGGUGGUCAUCCGCAUUCAAAACAUCAUCUUGGUUUGUCAUUAUAUUCACUAGAUAAUAAUCAAUGGAUUCAAUCAGAUCUUGAAUCAAAUUCGAAUGGACUUUUUUUCCCAUCGAAUCGAUAUCUUCAUGCAACAGCAUUAAUUCAGAAUAAACUUUAUGUUUAUGGUGGAUUAGAUAUUCGUACGAAUGAGAUUUUAUCAGAAUUUUGGUGUUUAUCAUUUGCCAACGAUCACCAUAAUUCCCUUAAUCCAAUAUGGAUCAACCUAACAGCAACAGUUAAUUUUACCAAUCCAAUGAAUCAUCGAAUACCACCAUUAGUUGGCCAUACAUUGACCAAGAUCAAAUUUGGUGAAUCAUUGAAAAACAAUAAUGAUGAUGGAUAUGCAUUGAUUUUAAUCGGUGGUUUCUCUACCACCAAUGGUUAUUCUUUCAAUCAAUACAUUUACAGACCACAUCAGAAUGAAUGGAUAUUAUUGAUGACUAAAGGACCAUCACCAUUAGGUAUUGUUGGUCAUUCAACUGUUUAUCAGUCCGAAUCAAAUAUGAUUUAUGUAUUUGGUGGAUUAGAUUUUAAAGAAUCACAUAAAAUGGCCAUUUCGAAUACAUUGUAUACACUUGAUUGUCAAUCAUUGGUUUGGCAUCGUAUACAACCACGUUCGGUAUUGAAUUCUAUAACACCGCUUUAUCUACAUUAUUCAAUUUCAUUUAGAAAUUAUAUGUUUGUAUUUGGUGGUAAAAAAAUCAUCAACGAUUAUCGUAACGAUGACACAACGACGACAAUGAAGAAAUCAAAGAAAAAUGACUAUCCAAUAUCAUAUGCCUAUUUCUAUAAAUGUAAUCGAUGGAUUGCAAUGAUUAAUGUUUCCACGUCAUCCUGGUGGAAUACAUCGAUUUUAAAUCAUCACCACCAACAUGGAUCAUCAUCAUCAUCAUCAUCAUCAUCAAAAUCGUGGUCAAUUGAAACAAUUCGAUUACCAGAUGAUUUUUGUAAAUUUUUUUCCAACGAUCAAAAACGAUGUUUAUCAACUGAUGGAUGUUCAUAUUGUCAACAACAACAACAACAACAUUUGAAUGAAACUUUAACCGGUGUUUGUUUUGAUCAAUCAUUGUCAUCACAAAAGUCAACGGGUAUUGAGACUUUGGAUUGUUUGAAAAUAAUAACAAGUGAUAAAACAACAACAACAAAUUGUGCAACGAAAAAAGAAUGUAAUCAAUUUACAAAUUGUGGUGAUUGUACGGCAGCUAAUUAUGAAUCAUCGAGGCGGCAUGAUGAUGGAUGUCAAUGGUGUGCUGAUUGUCAUAUGGCUAAUGGACAAUGUUUACGUAUGAAUGAUACAUGUCAAUGGGAAAAUGAAUUCACAUCGUCGGUUGGUGGUGUUGUUGUUGUUGGACCGACAACAUGCAGUAAUAUUAGCCUAAUUGAAACGGAUCAUUGUUCUACUCGUCGUUGUUUAGCCACCGAUUGUCAGAAAUGUUUAUUACUUAAUGAACGUCGUUUACGAUCAUCAUCAUUUUAUCAUCACCAUUCACAUCAUAAUCAUCAGCUUGGUGAUUGUAUAUGGACCAAACAGGUAUAUAAAUUUAUUCGAUUUGGCCAUUCAGCAAUACCAACGAAUCCAAUAUUUGAUUGGGCAUGUAUUGAUUCAUCGAUUGUUAAAUAUUCGAUAAUGAAAAAUGUUCCCACAAUACCACCAUUAGAUUGUCCUAAACGAUGUAAUGAUUACAAUAGUUGUACAAGUUGUUUGGAAGAAACCAACACCGGUGAUGAAAGUGGUAGUCAUGAAUGUGUAUGGUCCGAAUUAACCAAUGAAUGUAUGUCACCAACAUAUAUGGCCAUUAAAUGUCAACAUGGUUUUUGUGGCAUCGGUGGUGGUUUUAUUUAUCGUCUUCAUCAUACAACACAACAAUGUCCACCGGAAUGUGAAACAUUUGAAAAAGCCGUCGAUUGUCUUUCAUUAUUACAUUGUGGUUGGUGUGCUAUCGAUGGUUUAGCUAUCGAUGGUGUUGGUUUCUGUUUGCAAGGCGGUUUGUUUGGUCCUAAAUAUCAAUCAUGUUCAAAUCAAUCAUCAAUAGAUUUAUUAAGUCAACUUAAUCACAAACCUUAUUAUGUACCAAUGACUGUGUUGAAAACAUCAUGGCAUUAUAUACAAUCACCACCGGAGAAUGAAUGUCUUAAUGGUCAUCAUACAUGUGAUAUGAAAUCACAGAAUUGUAUUGAUCUUGAUGAAGGAUUUAUGUGUCAAUGUAAAAGUGGUUAUCGAAUGUAUGAAAAUAAUAAUAUUUGCAAACCAAUCUGUCAACAAGGUUGUGUUUAUGGCAUAUGCGCCGUACCAGAUGUUUGUCGAUGUCAUUUUGGCUAUAUUGGGGAUGAUUGUUCUAUCGAAUGUCAAUGCAAUGGUCACAGUACUUGUCCAUCGGCUGAUCAACGAAACAUUUGUAAUGAAUGCCAUAAUAAUACACAAGGAAAAUGGUGUGAAAAAUGUAAACCAUUUUUUGUUGGUGAUCCAACAACAACAUCAACAACAACAACAACGAAAAAUCGUCUAUCAUCAUCAUGUCAACCAUGUUUUCGGUUUUGUCAUAAUCAUUCAGAAUUAUGUUUCGAUGAAAAUGAUUUACAGAAUUUAACGACAAUGGAAAUAACCAAAUUCGAUGAUGAUUAUUGGCAUGAAUAUGGUCGAACAAAAAUCCAACAUGGCCCAUUAUCGGAACCAUCGACAAUCUGUGUGAAUUGUAAAAAUAAUACCGAAGGGGAACGUUGUGAUCGUUGUCGACUUGGCUAUUUCAAGAUCAGUGAUAAUAUUCAUGAUGGUUGCCGUAAUUGUAUGUGUAAUGGCCAUGGUACUGUUUGUAAUCCAUAUAAUGGUGAAAAUUGUGAUUGCCACAAUAACACCGAGAAUGAUCGUCAAUGUAAUUAUAUGAAUUCAAAAGAAUAUAGUAAUUACAUAAAUAAGACUUAUUUUUUUAAAUCAUCACAAAUAAUGACCACAUAUUCAUUGCCAUGUUGGAUGUUACAAUGUUCAAAAUGUAAAGAUUAUUUUUAUGGUCAACCAACUGGUGGUCAUCAAUGUUAUCGUCAUAUGUAUUUGGAUAAAGAAUAUUGUAUUGAUCCACAGACACAAGAAAAUUGCCUACAUCAUCGAUUACAACAACAAAAACCAUUGCUAAAUGGUCGUACAAUGUUUUUUGGAAUACAACCACGUUAUAUGAAUGUUGAUAUUCGAUUAAUAGUGUAUGCUAUUGAAGGCCGUAUUGAUCUUUAUUUGGCAUCAAGAGAUGAUAUUUUUAUCGUUAAAGUUGAUCCAGAAAAUGGAUUUCAUCGUUUGUUUAUUGAUAAAAAAUAUCUGCGUAAUAUUUCACAGUAUAAUAUGGCCAAUAAUGAUUCUAGCAAUGUAAUGAUGACAACAAUGAAUGAAACAAAAAUUUCUGAUCUUUUGGAUUUGGGCGGCUCAACCAAUGUGACAUUAAAAUCACCAUAUCAAAUGAUUUUGGCCGAUAUGAAUGGUGAGAUAUCAUCAUAUUUUACAAUGAAAAAUUUAUAUGAAAUAAUUGUGGUUAAAAAUAUUGAAAAUCGUCUUGAAAUAACCAUACCAUAUCGAUAUCAUGAUCUUCGAACGACACGUUAUUAUAUAAUGAUUCAUGGUUCAUUCCAUAAUGAUUCGGAUGAAAAUCAAGCGUUCAUUGUACUAAGACAAGAUCAAAGUCGUAUUGAUUUAUUUAUAUUUUUUUGUGUUUUUCUUUCAUGUUUUUUUCUUUUCUUGUCCAUGUCGAUAAUGUUUUAUCGUGUAAAACAAAUAAUUUCCGUAUAUCGUGCAAGACAUUUACAAGAAAUUGAAUUGGAAUAUAUGGCUAAUCGACCAUUUACAUCGAUAACCGUUGUCGUGGAUGAUGAUGAUGAUGUAAAGAAUCGACACGAAUCACCAGAAAUGAUAUUUCGACCAUACAAUGAAUCAACAACAGCGAUGAUGAUGACACCAUCAUCAAAACAAUAUCGUCGAACAACAACAACGCAAUCAAUUUUUCGUCAAUUAACAUCUGGUUUCAAAGAAUCACCAAGGAAAAUUUAUCCAGCAGAUCAUCAACAUCAUUCAAUGAUGAAAGAACAGAUGAAAAAUCGUAAUGAAAAUCUUGUUACACCGAUGCCUGUAUCGAUUGAAUUUACAAAUGAUAAUAUGGCAGCAAUAUUUACAACAUUAAUUCGAUUUCCAAAUGAUGAUAAUAGUAAUCGACCUAUACAGAUGGCAGCUGCAUCUACAUUAGUAAGAAAUUGUCCAUUAUUAUUGCAAAAAUUAUCAACAACAUCAGCAGUUACCAGUAACAACAACAACAACAACAACAACAAUCCAGGAUCUGUUGCUGGUGAUGAAAAUAAUGCAAGAUGAUUAUGACAUUUCCGUUCCAAAUUCUACAAAUAAGAAAAUUAUUUUGUAAUUAAUUAUAUGCUCAUUAUAUACAUUCAUCAUCAUCAUCAUAAUG